AUUUAUCAGUAGAAUGACCCACAUAUUAAACUGAUGGAUUCAAACGCAGUAACGACGCGCCCCAACCCCUGCGCUUUCUACCUUUGUUCGCGCUUUAAGAAACCUUGCAACUUCAUCUCAAUUCCUCCAUUAAUUUCGUUAAUUCUAUCAUCACCAAUCUCCACACAUCAUUCAACUCCCUCAAGUUCAACUUCCCGCCACUUCCAACGAGCUCUCAUCAUCUCUUUUGAGCUGCAGCUGGAGAACCUCUUGAUUAUUCUUCUAUAUUCAUUCUACAUACAAUCCGACCAAUCACUUGGUAUUUCUUUUUGCGAAUUGAUUGCUACUCAUCCUCGAUUCUCGUUUGCCAAUACUUCGCUGUCGCCUUUGAUCCUCACAAGGCUCGAGGCGUCAUCAAGGCAAAAUGGUGAAACAACACGCUACAGAUUUCGAGAAGAUUAUCAAUGCUGGCCGAGAGCGCAAGAAGAAUGAGGAUCUAGCCGCACGAAUCUUCAAGAGAGACAACCAACGCCGAUCCAGCGCACCUGCUGCCGGUUCUCUAGCGAGCCGAGUCGGUGUGAAGAAGCGGCUAUCGUCUGCAGCGCGCAUACCGACCGGCGAUAUUAACGGUGAAUGGACUCACGACCUUCACAGUUCACACAACAAGAACGCGAAAGCGCAACGAGACCCUAACUCUCUAGCAUCGCGAAUUCACGCUCCCGGUACCAAGAUAGCCCGACCUAAGAACUUAGCGCGCGAUACCCGUUCGAACCGCACAGCCCGACUCGCCAAUGCCUUUGAGCGCACAACCUCAUCACCCGCUUCAGCGCGACAGCUUAACGUACGACAACCCCCGACACAACCUUCAGGCCAGGGCAUGACGAUCCGAGGUCUUGCAGGACCGUUCGCAGUGAUGGCUCAGAAUUUCGCGCCGGGAACUACAGCUGCCGAUAUAGAAAGCGCUAUGACGCCGGUUGGAGGUCUAGUUAGCAGCUGCCGCUUGGUUAAGACCCACCCUCUUGUGAUCGCGGAAAUCGUUUUCGAGAGCAAGGAGGGCGCGGACAGAGUAAUUCAGACCUUCAACAACCAGACGGCUGAUGGCCGAACCCUCAACGUCUACCUAAAACCCGGCGGUCCCUACAAGCCCAACCCUCCUACCGGACCCCGUGCCCAGCGCAACAACGAAUCUCGACCCGGUGGUAACAAUGUUGUAGUUGACGGAUCGAUGGGGUUUGACGAUGUAAUGGACACGGAUACGCCCGACACCAGCUUCUCAAAUGCGAACUCUAGUUCCAGAGGCCUCUACAGUGACACCCUAGUUCCCAAGAACCAAUCCAACGGUGCGAACGGAAGUAACAAUAGCAACAACGGUCGUCGAGGUAGAGGCUUCCGGUCGGGUCGAUAGGAUCCCCAGCCGCAGCCGGAAGAAGACGUCAUCAUGGUAGGCGAGAAUAACGCGGAAAAGGUUUACACGUAUGAACGUUGGCCUGAGGAUUACCCUUAUUCCUGGGCUUCGCCGUACGAUGAGGAGAAAAUGGCGAAGGCGUGGACAGAGGGGUGGCCGGAAGAUGAUGGUUAUUGGUAAGAGGGGGAUAGCAUUCCAUGAUCCACUACUAGAAUUUUGGCGGACGUGGAAAAAAGGCAGACCAAUCCCUUCCUAUUGGCGUUCCGUUACAUGAUAUUUUUUUCUUUUUCAGAAAAAGAAGGAAAUCAACCGCACUGCCGUGGAAGGACUAGAUAUCCCAGAAAGAAAGUCCAAGGGUUAUUAUAGACGGAAGAGAGAACGUCUUCGGGGAUUCAUAUAUUCCUAUUAAGAAGGGAACUUAGGUAAACCAGUUAAUGACCUAGGUGGUUUAUUAGUUUUGUACCAAUACCAAUACAAUACGUCUGCAUUUUAUGAUACCUAGUCCUUUAACA